AUGAUGAAACGACUACUAAUCUCGACUAGACUGAGGCGAGUCCAACGACGAAACCACAGUGAGGCGGCUGCAGCAGCGGCACCCCAACCACCCCACGUUCCAGUGCUCUGCGACACUGCCAUUGAACAUCUUCAACCCCUACCUGGAGGCACCUACAUCGACAUGACCUUUGGAGCUGGGGGCCACACCAGACGUAUUUUUGAGAAGUGUCCUGAGGCGAAGGUCUAUGCUUUGGAUCGCGACCCAGUAGCCCACCAACUGGCGAGAGAACUGAGCCAGAAGGAAAAGUACAAGGGCAGACUGAUCCCUUUGCUGGGAAAGUUCUCGGAUAUACCGAAGCUAUUUGAGGAACAUGGUCUCUCCAGGAACUCACUGAAUGGCAUUUUGUUUGAUUUUGGCUGCAGCUCAAUGCAGUUCGAUGAGGCUGAAAGGGGCUUUUCUAUUUCCAAGGACGGCCCGUUGGAUAUGCGCAUGGAUGGAGGCCACAGUGGCGGAGUGACUGCUGCCGAAGUGUUGUCUAAAAUAGAAGAAACCGAUUUGGCGCGAAUCCUCAGGAUCUAUGGCGAGGAAAAGGCCGCCAAGAAAAUAGCCCGCGGUUUGAUUGACGCCCGUAAAGCCCUCGUACAAAUUGAGACCACAAAACAGCUGGCGGACUUAGUGGAGGAUAUCCUGUCAAGUGGUCCGAGAAGGGAUAAGCUGCAGAGGCCCUCUCACUCGGCCACAAAGACUUUCCAAGCCCUUCGCAUCUUUGUCAAUAAUGAGUUAAACGAGAUCAACUACGGCAUGGUUCUGGCCAACGAAAUCCUCCGCCGCGAAGGUCGUCUGGUCACCAUUACCUUCCACUCGUUGGAGGAUACCAUUGUCAAGCGUCACAUCAAUGGAAACGUCGUGGCUGGUGCCGCCAAUCCCUUGCCUCUCAAAUAUUCCGGACACGACAUCAUCGACGACCCGGAAAUGCUGCAAUCCCUUGUACAAACAAACUGGAAGCCGUUGCACCGCCAUGUCAUCGUCCCAGACGCCGAGGAGGUAGCCCGCAACAGCAGGAGUCGCUCCGCAAAGCUAAGAGCAGCCGUCAAAGUUAACUAAAAGAGCACGUCAAUAAAAUUCCCUAAUCUAGUCCAGAUUCUCCACAACAUCUCUAGUUUCUCUCUAAACAAUUUUUUGGAGUUUUUCUUAUCUGUCCAACCAAUUGGCACCUUCUGAUAAGGACUGGUUUAUCUAUUUGUCGGAGCUAUUUGUGUGCUUCCCGUGCAGAAUUGUUUGGCUGCGCGGCUCAGUUUUUGUUUAGUUAGAUUAGGAAAUUGCUGUUAAUUGUCAGGUAGAGCAGUGGUUCGGCACAGUGGGUCUACAUUUUAAACUCUGCUAUAAAUAAAUAUGAAUAUCAUUAUUAAUAUGAAGAGA